AUGCAAACAGUAGUGCGGAGCGUAUGUCGUAGCUGUCAGUACUGCAAAAUCAAGAAAGCAGCUCCAGUUCCACCGAUGAUGGGACCGCUUCCGAAGGUUCGUCUGACUCCCUUCAUUCGUCCAUUUACGUACGUCGGCGUGGACUACCUGGGUCAUUUGGAAGUGAAAGUCGGUCGCAGUAUUGUGAAGCGGUUUAUAUGUUUGUUCACAUGCCUCACAGUUCGAGCAGUUCAUCUGGAGCUAGCACACAGUCUGUCAACGAAGUCUUGCGUAAUGGCUUUCAGGCGUUUCGCGAACCGACGAGGAGCUCCGCUGGAAGUAUUCUCGGACAAUGGUACCAAUUUUGUGGGAGCUAGUCGUCAGUUGACAGAAGAGAUCCAGCGAAUCAAGGCCAUUAACGAGGAUUGUGCGGCUACGUUCACCAACGCCCGUACGCAGUGGCACUUCAACGUUCCUGCAGCCCCUCAUAUGGGAGGUCCGUGGGAGCGAAUGGUGAAGUCCGUAAAAGUAGCAAUGGUAGCAAUAUCCGACAGUCCGCAUCAUCUGAGUGACGAGGUUUUCGAAACCAUUAUGUUGGAAGCAGAGGGCAUCGUUAACAGUCGUCCACUGACCUAUGUACCCUUGGAAGCAGCAGAUCAAGAAGCGCUUACUCCGAAUCACUUCUUGCUCUACGGUUCAAGCGGUAUCAAGCAGCCUACAGUUGAUCAAUGGGUGUUGGAGUAUUUGCCAAUGCUAACAAGGAGGACAAAGUGGUUCGAGAACGUGAAACCUUUGGAGCCUGGUGACUUGGUCGUGAUAAUAGAUGAGCAGACACAGAGCAGUUGGGAAAGAGGACGGAUUCUGGAGGUCUUUCCGGGCAAAUCAGGCCAAGUGCGACGGGCAGUAGUACAGACAGCUCGAGGAGUCUUCGCCAGGCCGGCAGUGAUGCUGGCAGUCCUGAAUGAGGCGAGCAACGAAAAGAAGGCGGAUGAAGUCGCACCGGAAACGGAAGUAGUUCACGGGGUGGGGAAUGUUACCGGCAACACUGUUGACCGCGAAACGAUGGUGAAACCACCGUCCGUUCCCUCGUAA